GCAUUACGGUACUGAAUACUGGGUUAGUUUUUCGUAAUUUAUUACAAAAUAAAAGAUAAUAAAUUCUUAAAAAAGAAUAAAACUCUAAUUAAAAUCGUGUGUACCAUGUGGGUGAACUAUAUCCGUCCUAAAGUUAUUGCUAAUUGCAUCCAAUUGGCCCGGUAUUCAUCAAAGCCAUCAAAGCCUGAAGUGCCUAAGAAUCCCCUGGCUUCUGUUUAUUCAGCAUCUAGCCAAUCAGCCAAUGGAAUCAUCUACGACAAAAAGCCCUUUAAAGUGAGAUUGGAAGCUGGCAAGACUUACCACUGGUGUCUGUGCGGCCGCUCCAAAUCACAGCCGCUGUGUGAUGGAACACAUAAAGAUGUUUUUCUUAAAAUCACUCAAAGGCCCAUAAGAUUUACAGUAGAAAAAACAAAGGACUAUUGGCUGUGUAAUUGCAAGCAGACAAAACUGAGACCAUUUUGUGAUGGAACACACAAACAGAAAGAAAUACAGGAAGCUACAAGCAUCAGAGUGUAAAUAAGAUAGAAUGUUUUUACUGGUUAGCUUAGAUUGUAAUAAAUUUAUUAAAAUGUA